GGUUGCCUGUGGAAUGCUGCGCUCAAGGCCUGGCGAGGUGGCGGCAGGAUACAAUCGAGUCCCUGCAGUUGCUAUAAGAAGCUCCUUGUGAACGGCGCCAUUUUAAGCCUCUCUCACAUAGCCUUUCGGUCGGUUUGGCGAUAGCGGCCGCGGCGGACGGCGAGGACCGGGUCUGAAGUGCAACAGACCCCAGUUCUUGGAAUAUAUAAAAAAAGAUGGCAACUCAAGCUGACUUAAUGGAAUUGGAUAUGGCAAUGGAGCCAGACCGAAAAGCAGCUGUCAGCCAUUGGCAGCAACAGUCAUACCUAGAUUCUGGUAUCCACUCUGGUGCCACAACCACAGCUCCCUCUCUGAGUGGCAAGGGAAACCCUGAAGAGGAAGAUGUUGAUACCACCCAAGUUCUAUAUGAAUGGGAACAAGGAUUCUCUCAGUCUUUCACUCAGGAUCAGGUAGCUGAUAUUGAUGGACAAUAUGCUAUGACUCGAGCACAGAGAGUGCGUGCUGCCAUGUUCCCAGAAACAUUGGAUGAAGGCAUGCAAAUCCCAUCCACACAGUUUGAUGCUGCACAUCCAACAAAUGUACAGCGACUUGCCGAACCUUCCCAGAUGUUAAAACAUGCUGUGGUUAAUUUGAUAAACUACCAAGAUGAUGCAGAGCUUGCAACUCGUGCCAUCCCAGAAUUGACCAAAUUGUUAAAUGAUGAGGACCAGGUUGUGGUGAACAAAGCAGCAGUUAUGGUUCAUCAGUUGUCCAAAAAAGAAGCUUCUCGUCAUGCUAUCAUGCGUUCUCCUCAAAUGGUUUCUGCAAUUGUGCGUACUAUGCAGAAUACAAAUGAUGUAGAAACAGCCCGUUGUACUGCAGGUACAUUACAUAACCUAUCUCAUCAUCGUGAAGGCUUACUCGCAAUCUUCAAAUCGGGAGGUAUUCCUGCUCUGGUUAAAAUGCUCGGGUCUCCAGUGGAUUCUGUGCUUUUCUAUGCGAUUACUACUCUGCACAAUCUUCUGUUGCAUCAGGAAGGUGCUAAAAUGGCUGUCCGUCUAGCUGGAGGUUUACAGAAAAUGGUUGCCUUGCUCAACAAGACAAAUGUUAAGUUUCUGGCAAUUACAACAGAUUGUCUUCAGAUUCUUGCAUAUGGUAAUCAAGAAAGCAAGCUAAUUAUUUUGGCAAGUGGUGGACCCCAGGCUCUAGUAAACAUAAUGAGGACCUACACCUAUGAGAAAUUAUUGUGGACCACAAGUAGAGUCCUGAAAGUGCUAUCAGUCUGUUCUAGUAACAAACCAGCAAUUGUGGAAGCUGGUGGAAUGCAAGCCUUGGGACUCCAUCUUACAGAUCCAAGCCAACGUCUUGUUCAGAAUUGUCUCUGGACUCUUAGAAAUCUCUCAGAUGCUGCAACUAAGCAAGAAGGCAUGGAAGGUCUUUUGGGAACACUUGUGCAGCUUUUAGGAUCAGAUGAUAUCAAUGUUGUGACUUGUGCUGCUGGCAUCCUUUCUAAUCUUACUUGCAAUAACUACAAGAAUAAAAUGAUGGUGUGCCAAGUUGGUGGAAUUGAAGCCCUUGUGCGCACAGUUCUCCGUGCUGGUGACAGGGAAGACAUCACUGAGCCAGCUAUCUGUGCCCUACGCCACCUCACCAGUCGGCAUCAGGAAGCUGAAAUGGCCCAAAAUGCAGUGCGCCUUCAUUAUGGUCUACCAGUGGUGGUUAAACUCCUGCAUCCACCAUCCCACUGGCCUCUUAUAAAGGCUACUGUUGGCUUGAUUCGUAAUCUUGCUCUCUGUCCAGCAAAUCAUGCUCCAUUGCGCGAACAAGGGGCAAUACCAAGAUUAGUGCAGCUACUAGUUAGAGCACAUCAAGAUACUCAACGUCGAACUUCAAUGGGGGGUACACAGCAGCAGUUUGUGGAGGGUGUGCGUAUGGAGGAAAUAGUUGAGGGCUGCACUGGAGCUCUUCAUAUCCUAGCUAGAGAUGUCCACAAUCGGAUUGUAAUUAGGGGUCUAAACACCAUUCCACUCUUUGUGCAGUUGCUAUAUUCCCCUAUUGAGAACAUCCAGAGAGUAGCUGCAGGUGUACUAUGUGAAUUGGCUCAAGACAAAGAAGCAGCUGAGGCAAUUGAAGCAGAGGGAGCUACAGCACCAUUAACAGAACUACUACAUUCUAGAAACGAGGGUGUGGCAACAUAUGCAGCUGCAGUAUUAUUCAGAAUGUCUGAAGAUAAACCCCAGGAUUAUAAGAAACGUCUGUCAGUGGAACUGACCAGUUCUCUUUUUAGGACUGAACCAAUGGCUUGGAAUGAGAGUGCUGAUUUGGGACUUGACAUUGGUGCUCAAGGAGAACCUCUUGGCUAUCGCCCAGAUGAUCCUAGCUAUCGUUCUUUCCACUCUGGAGGAUAUGGUCAGGAUACCUUGGGUAUGGACCCAAUGAUGGAACAUGAAAUGGGUGGCCAUCACCCUGGUGCUGACUACCCAGUUGAUGGGCUACCAGAUCUAGGACAUGCCCAGGACCUUAUGGAUGGACUCCCUCCAGGUGACAGUAAUCAGUUGGCCUGGUUUGAUACUGAUCUGUAAAUCAUCCUUUUAGCUGUAUUUUCUGAUCUCGCAUUGUGAUUGGCCUGUAGAAUUGCUGAGAGUGCUCGUGGGGUGGGCUGGUUAUCUCAGAAAGUGCCUGACACACUAACCAAGCUGAGUUUCCUAUGGGAACAACUGAAGUAAACUUUUUGUUCUGGUCCUUCUGGUCGAGGAGUAACAAAUGGAUUUGGGGAGUGACUCAUGAAAUAGAAGAAUGCACAAGAAUGAAUCACAAAAUGAAAUUUAUCAAACUCUAGCCUUGCUUGUUUAAAACUUUUUUUAAUUUUUAAAUAACUGUAAUGGUACUGAUCUUGCUUGCUUUCAUAGUAGUUUUCUCUUUUGCAGUAAUUGUAGGGUUUUUAAGUCUCUGUGUUUAAGUUAUAGUGAACAUGCUACAGCAAUUUCUGAUUUUUAAGGAUUGAGUAAUGGUGUAGAACACUAAUUCAUAAUCACUCUGAUUGUAUUCGGAAAAAUGUAACAUUGUGUAGCCCUUUUGUAUAAAAAAAGUUAGACAAAUAGAAAUGGUCCAAUUAGUUUCCUUUUUAAUAUGCUUAAAAUAAGCAGGUGGAUCUAUUUCCUGUUUUUGAUCAAAAACUUUAUCUGGAAAUGCUGGAUAGAGGCCAAUAAAAACUGUUGUAUGGAACCUUGUAUUGGACAGUUUACCAGUUGCCUUUUAUCCAAUAUUAUAGCCUGCUGUGAUACAGAUGCUUCAUGAAAACAGUUAUACAGAUGGUUCAAAAUUAAAGUAAACUUUUAAUUCAUUUUGUCGUGUGAAAAAGUUAUUUCAGUCAUGUGCACUACGAUCCGGUGAAGUGCAAAUUCAUAUAUUUUUGCCCUAAUGAUACUAUGAUUUCCUGUCAAACAACAUUCAAGGAAUGCUUCACACCUACAGAUUAAUUCCAUUCACUCAAGUUUUCUCAGUAGAACAUAAUAUUGAGUAAAUAUUUAACAUGAUAGGAGUGUGCAGUUCUUCACUGUUAUAAUUUUAUGAGUCAAAUCAUAUAAUUUAAAUAAGGUGGAGGGAUUGUAGCCUUCUAUUUAUUUGAUGUUUCUGCCUCCUUGAAAAUAUUGCCGAGCAAACAUGUAUUCACAAUAUAUAGGAAAAUCCUUAAAAGAAACACUUUGACAUGAAAUGUCUUUUCUAUUUAUAUACAUAUAAACAGCAUUGGGCCAAAAAGAGAGUCAUGGGGAAAUGGGAGGUAAUGCUAUAAUAGAAGUAUUCUUUUCAGGGCCAUUCAAGAAAAAAUGGGCUUUUCCAUUCUUUUUUUAAGCAGAGACUGCCUAGCUGCUGCAGAUAUAGAAUAGGUUCCUGCCACUAGGACAGCAUUAUUAUUUUUUUCUUUUUAAGUGUUGCACUUACAUGAGUGUUUUUACAGUGCAUUCAUGUGGCACUUCUGACCAGCCUUGUGCAAAUCACAGAAGUAGCAUCCUGUAAUUUUACGCUAGACAGGCAACAUAUUGAGUGUUUUAUUAUGCACGCAUCUUUGGAAGAGGUGUGAAACAGCGGCUAGAGUAUGUGCUGUUUAGUCUCUCAUUGUUAGAAGAGCUGGCUAACUUCCAAGUGAAUCUAGACAGGUGUCCAGGAAACUAAAUUGACAGGUACAACUUUGAGAGGACGAAUUCUGCCCCAAUUGUUUAAUUAUGCUAUUCCGUAUAAUUGAGCUGUUUUAAUAGGAGCAAUGGUAAUCACAAAACUAUUGUCGAGUAUCAGCCCUGGCUGUCACACCAGAUCCCAAAGAUGCUUUUGUACCAAACUGUUAUAGUGUGUGGAGUAUGUGUGUGAUUUCCAAAAAUGAAUCCUGCAAACCAGAAGCACUUUGAGAUGUUUAAACAUAACUUGCUUCAGGGCCUGCCUACUCAAUAUGGUUUGAACUGCUGGGUUGAGAUGGGUAGGUGGAUUGCAUGAGCUGAAGAAAAAUGUAACAUUCUGUAAUAGUCCAUUAUCAGAUUGAUAAAAUUUUGUAGUUGUAUAAUCCUCUACAAUAAAUAAGAA